CAAGACAGUGAGUAAGCAGGCCUUCAACGAAGCGAAGAGCGAAACGCGAAUGUCGUCCGCAAUUAUUUGAAGAUUAUUUCUUUAUUGUUUAGAAGAAAAGCAAAGCAAAAUUCUGUCAAAAUUGUGCGCGUUCGUGCCCGAUGUCUAGUGCUGAAGUCGCCGAUAAUUCCGUUGACCCCCCGGCGAAAAAGCGGAAGCUAAAUACAGGAGAAGCGAGUUGCAAAUCCUCAGCAAUGGCGAACAAUGGAACGCGUGUGGAGGAUGAAAUCGACGAGAGUUUGUAUUCGCGGCAAUUAUAUGUACUUGGCCACGAUGCUAUGCGCCGGAUGGCAAGUUCAGACGUACUGAUUUCCGGGCUUGGAGGUUUAGGUGUGGAAGUAGCAAAAAAUGUCAUUCUCGGCGGCGUCAAAUCGGUUACCCUUCACGAUGAACGUAACUGCACUGUCGCCGAUCUGUCGUCUCAGUUUUACUUAUCAGAGGCGACAAUUGGCCAAAAUAGGGCUACGGCUUCUUGCGAAAAGCUCGCCGACCUUAAUCAUUAUGUACCGACAACGGCGUAUACUGGUCCAUUGAACGAGGAAUUUCUCAAAAAGUUUCGCGUUGUGGUGCUAACUGGAGCUUCCAGAGCGGAGCAGGAACGCGUAGCCGCACUUACCAGCGCUAACAAUAUUGCCUUGAUCAUCGCGGACACUAGGGGUCUGUUCUCUCAAGUAUUUUGCGAUUUUGGGCCUGAGUUUACGGUGAUUGAUGUGACUGGCGAGAACCCGGUGUCGGCUAUGGUGGCCGGCAUCACCCAGGAGACUGAAGCUGUUGUUACCUGCUUGGAUGACACACGUCAUGGUCUUGAGGAUGGAGACUAUGUUACGUUUAGUGAGGUCGAAGGUAUGACAGAGUUAAAUGGAUGCGAACCCCGCAAGAUUAAAGUGCUCGGACCAUACACCUUCAGUAUAGGUGAUACCAAGAACCUCUCAAAAUACAUUCGCGGAGGCAUUGUAACACAAGUGAAGAUGCCCAAGAAACUCAACUUUAAACCCUUGAGCGAGUCCCUAAAGAACGCGGAGUUUUUGAUCACCGAUUUCGGUAAAAUGGACUAUCCACAGCAACUUCAUGUGGCGUUUACCGCCCUUCACAAGUUUGUGGCGGGAGAAGGUCGUCUGCCAAAACCGUGGAGUAAUGACGAUGCAGCUAAAUUCAUGGAUUACGUAAAAAAUAUUGUCGAUAGUGAAGAGCUUUUUAAGGCUGGAGAAAUAGAGAUUAAUAAUGAGCUUAUGGACACAUUUUGCAAGGUAAUACUUUGUUUUUGUACUGGUGACUUAAAUCCAAUGAACGCUGCAAUCGGUGGAGUGGUCGCUCAGGAAGUAAUGAAGGCCUGCACCGGAAAGUUCCACCCUAUAGUACAAUGGCUUUACUUAGAUGCAAUUGAGUGUCUCCCCAAGGACCGUUCCAACUUAACUGAAGAGAACUGCAAGCCCACUGGUUCCAGAUAUGAUGGUCAAAUUGCUGUUUUCGGACGUGAUUUCCAGAAGAAGCUUGGACAAUUGAAGUACUUUAUUGUUGGUGCUGGAGCGAUUGGUUGUGAGCUAAUGAAGAACUUCGCAAUGAUCGGGGUCGGUGCUGACGGUGGUCAGGUCACUGUCACUGAUAUGGACCUGAUAGAGAAGUCCAACCUUAACCGCCAGUUCCUCUUCAGACCUCAUGAUGUGCAGAAACCUAAGUCUAGCACCGCUGCCAAGGCAAUUAAAGUAAUGAAUCCUUUAAUGAAUGUGGUGGCACAAGAGAACAGAGUGUGUCCGGAAACUGAAGCGGUGUACGAUGACAAUUUCUUUGAGGCAUUAGAUGGUGUGGCAAACGCUCUGGAUAAUGUUGACGCUCGUAUUUACAUGGACCGUCGCUGCGUGUAUUAUAGGAAGCCUUUGCUGGAGAGCGGUACUCUUGGAACUAAGGGUAACACGCAGGUCGUAGUACCCUUCUUAACCGAGUCUUAUAGCUCGUCUCAAGAUCCCCCAGAGAAAAGCAUACCUAUCUGCACCCUCAAGAACUUCCCCAAUGCUAUCGAGCAUACCCUUCAGUGGGCUCGAGAUGAGUUUGAGGGUCUGUUCCGUCAGACAGCAGAACACGCGGCUCAGUAUCUGCAAGACCCUCACUUCUUAGAAAGGACCAUGAAACUACCCGGCAGUCAGCCUUUGGACGCUUUAGAGAGUGUUAGGAAUGCUAUUAAUGAGCGGCCUCUUAACUUCGAUGACUGUGUAACAUGGGCUCGAUUACACUGGGAGACACAAUACGCUAACCAGAUCAAACAACUGCUUUACAACUUCCCCCCCAAUCAAACAACAACCAGUGGUGCUCCAUUCUGGUCCGGACCCAAACGGUGUCCGUCUCCAUUAGAGUUUGAUCCUGAAGAUGAGCUUCAUCUCGACUACAUAGUGGCUGCUGCCAAUCUCAGAGCUCAAGUUUACGGAUUACCUACCUGUGUUGAUAGAGAAAGAAUCGCUAAAGUCGCUAGCGCUGUUGAGGUUCCAAAGUUCAAACCGAAGUUCGUCAAAAUCGCAGUUACAGAUAACCAAUUGCAGCAGAAUAAUGAUGACAUGGAUCAAGACCGCGUUGAGAAUAUAGUUUCAGAACUCCUACCGCCAAGCAAGCUCGGCAACUUGAAGAUUACACCAUUGGAAUUCGAAAAGGACGACGACACGAACUUCCACAUGGAUUUCAUUGUAGCGGCGUCUAACUUACGUGCCACUAACUACAAGAUCCCCCCAGCAGACAGACACCGUUCCAAGCUCAUCGCUGGUAAGAUCAUACCAGCAAUCGCCACAACGACUUCAGUAGUAGCCGGCCUAGUCUGCCUCGAACUUUACAAACUUGCCCAGGGUUUCAACACCUUAGAUGUCUUCAAAAAUGGUUUCGUCAAUCUAGCUUUACCGUUCUUUGGAUUCUCCGAACCAAUCGCUGCACCGACCAAUACGUACUACGACAAGAAAUGGACCCUAUGGGACAGAUUCGAAGUUAAAGGAGAAAUUACACUGCAAGAAUUCAUAGAUUACUUCAAGAAUGAACAUAAGUUAGAUAUUACGAUGCUGUCUCAAGGUGUUUGCAUGCUGUACUCGUUCUUCAUGCCUAAAGCCAAGCGUCAGGAACGUCUCAACUUGCCAAUGUCAGAAGUCGUGACUAAGGUGUCUAAGAAAAAGCUAGAGCCGCAUGUGAAGGCUCUCGUUUUCGAGCUGUGUUGCAACGACGAGGACGACAACGACAUCGAGGUGCCCUACGUGAGGUACACUCUACCUUAACGUACUAGCGAUUAAUAGAAAAAAGCAAUAAAAAAAAUUUCACGAGCCAAAAUUAUUAAUUUAGCCGGCGAAUCAAAUGGCGUCGCAUUUUUGUGGCAUUUAAAUACGCAUAAUAGCGAUAUUUGUACACGAAUUUCACUUACAGAGGGUAUUUUUUAAUAAGUCGCCGACGAGUAAAGUAUAGUUAGAUGUUUUAUAACGCUCGUGUGCCUCAGUCUCCGGUUGGUGUGACGAACGAGAUUGUACAGUGAUAGUGUUAUCUGUGUGAAGUCUUAUUUUUAAUUUGUGCUAAGACACGCUUUGAUUGUCUACUGAUAUCUUUCAUAUAUUUAUAAUUGUUUGCUCACUUUUUGUCACGAUUUUCGCAAAUUUCUUUCGUAAUUCUACAAUUAUUGAUUUUACACCAAGUUUUAUCUACAAUUAAUGUUAAAAUCAGAGGGGUCUGUGUAAGAAGGAAUUCGAAAUAAAAUAAAAUUCGAGCGAA